AACCCAUUGAAAUUUGCCAGAAGAAAGUUCCAGUCCCGAGCUUCCUCUUCUCAGAGAUACAGAGAGAGAGAGAGAGAGAGAGAGAGAGAGAGCAUCCAUGGAGGAGAGAGGUGUUAACUUAAGCUGCAGGAGAGCUCCGGUGUGGCUUCUGCUGGUACUUACGUGCAUCUUCUUCAGCCAGAUCAUCGGCGUCCGCUGCUCGAUUCACGAGUAUAGGAACGAGGCGUUUGCUCGCCGCUCCAAUGCCCUGUUCUUCCAUGGCGGCAGCGAGGGGCUCCACGCUUCCAAGUCUCUCGGCCCGUCUUUUAAUAAGUCCUCCGAGAAGCCUCUCCAGGGGAAGUCCUUCAUCAGGUUCGACGGUGUUAUCUUUACAAGGACAAAAGAAUCAGCUAGCAAGAAGAAUGAAAUGCAACAGAAUACCGGCUUAGUGGAAGCUAUCGUACUUGAUGUGAAAGACAGAGAAAGGAUUGGGGGUUCAUACUUGAAAUAUGAUGAAAUAUGCUGCACCAAAAAGAUGUCUGAUGAAGGAUUCUGUAAAGUCGGGGAAGUUAUUAUCCACAAAAACUCUGAUACCCCUGACUGGCCUAAACGCAUUAAAACCUUCUUUGAAGGGCAGAAUGAGCAGGCAGCCAUGGAUCCUAAAACUGUCGAGAUUAAUAGCACUGGAAUGUAUUAUCUUUAUUUUGUGAUUUGUGAUCCAGAGCUGACUGGUACAUUAAUUAAGGGGAGGACAGUAUGGAGGAACCCAGAUGGUUAUUUGCCUGGGAAAAUGGCUCCACUAAUGACAAUUUUUGGAAUAAUGUCACUAGCUUACCUUGUUCUCGGCCUGGGUUGGUUCCUGAGGUUUGUUAAGUACUGGAAGGAUAUCAUUCAGUUGCACUACCAUAUUACAGCAGUCAUUGCUCUUGGGAUGUGUGAAAUGGCUCUCUGGUAUUAUGAAUACGCGAAUUUUAAUUCUACCGGCACCAGACCAUGGGAUGUUACAUUGUGGGCUGUAACUUUUACUGCUAUUAAGAAGACACUGUCUCGCCUUCUUUUGCUGGUUGUCUCAAUGGGUUUUGGUGUUGUGAAGCCAACUCUCGGUGGUAUAACGUCAAAAAUCCUUCUUCUAGGAGCUGUGUACUUUAUCGUCUCCGAGUCUUAUGAACUCAUUCAACAUUUAGGGAACAUCAAUGACUUUUCCGGGAAAACUGCAUUGUUUCUGCUUCUGCCUUUGACUUUCUUGGAUACUUCCUUCAUCUUGUGGAUAUUUUCGUCCCUAUCAAAAACCCUAGAGCAGCUUCAGAUGAAGAGAAACAUGGCCAAACUGGAGCUUUACAGAAAAUUCACCAACGCUCUUGCAGCCUCUGUGCUGCUAUCUAUUGCUUGGAUCGGCUUUGAGUUAUAUUUCAACGCGACCGACCCGUUGAGUGAAUUGUGGCAAAUUUAUUGGAUCAUUCCAGCAUUCUGGAUUGUUAUUGCUUAUUCUCUCUUGGUCGUAAUAUGUGUCCUAUGGGCUCCCUCUCGAAACCCGACAAGAUAUGCAUACUUGGAGGGGGCAGACGACUUAAGCGAGGAAGGUCUCACAUUAACAAGCGGGAACAAGGUGAUGGGGGAAAAUUCAACCAAGUUGGGGGAGGAUCUCGAAGAGGAUAAACGGGAGUAGACGAGCCUCCCGUGUGUGAAGUUCAUUGACCCAGAAGCCCUGUCGUGGAUUCUUUUAUAUGUUGCAUGAUCCUUGUUGUAUAUACAUGAGAGAAUCGUCAUGACAUGGAAAAACGAAAAAUCUAUAGUGAGAAUACUAACAAACAUAGUCUCAACUCAUGGCAUGGUCUUUCUAAUGACCAUUGCCCCUUGUAGCUCAGCUCCCGACAUGUGUUACAGUGAACCUCUCUUCUUCUGUAAUCUAUACGAAACGGUAAAUAGCCGAACCUCUACCUCUUAAAA